GUGCGGUGUGGUGUUGCUGUUGGCGGCUUCCCUGGCCAUUUUGCUGUGGAGGGAGAAAUGAGGCAGCAGCAGCAGAAGCUGCAGUGACCACAACAGAGGAGGGGGGAGAGAGACCCAGACUCAGGAAUUGGUGGUGGGGGGGGAGUAUUUUGUGCAGUCAAAGGAAUUUUUGUGGGGGGGGGGGUUGAUUUUUUUUUUGUGUGGGGAGAGGGGGAAAGAAGGGGCAAGACCCCAUUGGCUAAUUAUCCCCCCACUCUCCAGUGCCACCCCCCCACCCUCUCCUCUUCGGAUCUGUUGGAGCCAUGAGUUGGGGGACAGAGCUGUGGGACCAGUUUGACAACUUAGAAAAACACACGCAAUGGGGAAUUGAUGUUCUGGAAAAAUACAUCAAGUUUGUAAAAGAGAGAACGGAGAUUGAAAUCAGCUAUGCAAAACAACUUAGGAACCUUUCAAAGAAAUAUCAACCCAAAAAGAACUCCAAAGAAGAGGACGAAUACAAGUACACAUCAUGCAAAGCCUUCCUAGCCACACUGAAUGAAAUGAAUGACUAUGCUGGCCAGCAUGAAGUCGUUUCGGAAAACAUGACUUCUCAGAUCACUGCAGAGUUAACCCGCUUUGUGCAAGAGCUGAAACAGGAAAGGAAAUUGAACUUUCAUGAUGGCAGAAAGGCACAACAAAACAUUGAAACUUCCUGGAAACAGCUUGAAGCAAGUAAAAGGCGGUUUGAACGUGAUUGCAAGGAAGCAGAUAGAGCACAGCAGUAUUUUGAGAAAAUGGAUGCUGACAUCAACGUUACGAAAGCAGAUGUUGAAAAGGCAAGACAGCAAGCACAAAUACGACAUCAAAUGGCAGAUGACAGCAAAGGAGAAUACUCAUCCAUUCUUCAGAAAUUUAACCACGAGCAACACGAACAUUAUCACACACACAUACCAAACAUCUUCCAGAAAAUACAACAGAUGGAGGAAAAGAGGAUAGUGAGGAUAGGCGAAUGCAUGAAAACCUAUGCAGAAGUGGACCGCCAGGUGAUCCCCAUAAUCGUGAAGUGUCUGGAUGGAAUAACAAAGGCAGCAGAAUCAAUUGAUCAGAAAAAUGAUUCACAACUGGUAAUAGAAGCCUUUAAAUCAGGGUUUGAACCACCAGGAGAUAUUGACUUUGAAGACUUCACUCAGCCAAUGAAACGCACUGUCUCUGAAUCCAGCCUUUCAAAUUCCAGAUGGGAUGGAAAAUCUGAGCCCAAGCCUGGCAGCAAAUCCAAGGGCAAAUUGUGGCCAUUCAUCAAGAAAAAUAAGCUUAUGUCCCUUUUAACAUCCCCCCAUCAGCCCCCUCCUCCUCCCCCUGCCUCUGCCUCACCCUCUGCUGUUCCCAACGGCCCCCAGUCUCCCAAGCAGCAAAAGGAACCCCUCUCCCAUCGCUUCAACGAGUUCAUGACCUCCAAACCCAAAAUCCACUGCUUCAGGAGCCUAAAGCGCGGGGGGGGAGGACCAGAGGACUUCAGCAAUCUCCCACCUGAGCAAAGAAGAAAGAAACUCCAGCAAAAGGUUGAUGAGCUAAACAAAGACGUUCAGAAGGAGAUGGAUCAAAGAGAUGCCUUAACAAAAAUGAAAGAUGUCUACAUCAAGAACCCGCAGAUGGGAGAUGCAGCCAGUGUGGAUCACAAAUUAGCUGAACUGGGACAAAAUAUGGAAAAGUUGCGACUAGAGGCCCAGAAAUUUGAGGGUUGGCUGGCUGAAGUUGAAGGCAGGCUACCUGUGCGGACUGAACAGACCAGACGGCAGAGUGGAAUGUAUGACACCCAGAACACUUCAGCCGUCAAUAACUGUGUGCAGGACCGGGAGAGCCCAGAUGGCAGUUACACAGAGGAUCAAAGUCAGGAGAGUGAAAUGAAGGUGCCAGUGACAGAGUUUGAUGACGAGUUUGAUGACGAAGAACCACUUCCAACCAUAGGAACCUGUAAAGCUCUCUAUACUUUUGAAGGUCAGAAUGAAGGCACAAUUUCAGUAACAGAAGGCGAAAUGCUCUAUGUAAUAGAGGAAGACAAAGGCGAUGGGUGGACGCGAAUCCGGAGGAAUGAAGAUGAGGAGGGUUAUGUCCCGACAUCCUAUGUCGAAGUUUAUUUGGACAAAAAUGCCAAAGAUUCCUAAAGGUGUUUGUGCUGGUGCAAGAACCUGGGGCGAGCUUGUCACAGAAGGAGAAACAAAUGGUCUGUUUACCCCGCAGGCAGUUAAAAUUCACCCAUAUAUAAAAAGACUCCUGGUCUGGUCUAGAGUUAGCUCUUGAAAAAACUGAAAUCUAAAUUCCAUCCCAACAUUACUCAGCCGCUUGCUCUUUUUUAUGGCAUGUUACUUGUGGCUCAGACUAACUUAUUGACAUUCCCCAUUGUUCUGCCAACUGGGCAUUGCUCUUCCAUAGAGCAUAAACAACAAACCCCACCACCACCUUCCUCACAACCAGACAGAAACGGCUGGCUGCACUUGGAUGCAAAGGGUAACCAGAGAAUCCCAUGCAUGUGCCAGUUGGGAUUCUAUCCUCCUGUGGCCCUCGGUGCAUCUGACUGUAUGCACUGGUCCAUCAGCAUUUCACAUAGUGCCUUUAGCGCUAAUCCUGCAGGUAGGCUCAUCAGACAGCUAGGGAAAGAGGUACAUACAAGUGGAAAGCCAGUUACAGAAACAAUAUGACAUCAGCUGGAUUGACCCCUGAAUUUGAUUGUUAAAUUUUACACACCCAUUAUUCAAUAUUACACCUUCCCCAAAAGAUCCCAAAUGUCAAUCAGCUUUUUUACUUUUUAAAAAUGGCUGGUGCUCCCUCAAAGAGUUCAAUCUCCAUUGGCUUUGCUGUGUCCUGCCAGCCUAGCAACUCAUGAAUGUAUGCUUGCUUUCCAGCUCACUCUCACACGCAAACACACACAAAGGCAUUUUGGUUUGAAGCCACCUUUCCCCCAUCACCAAGACCUCCAUUUGAAUCUUGUUUCAGCCUGCAUGCUCGCCCUGUCGCCUUGCCUGCGCAUACCUUCCUAACGGUCAUGUCACUUUGCAGCUCAUUGUUCUUAAUCUCUUUCCAGUUUUUUAGCAUUUCAGACCUGCCUUCUCCUUUUGCAUGAGCUCCUGUGCACUCUCAUCAGUGUGUUUGAACAGCAGAAAUUGCAUUUAAAAAAAAAAACCCAAAAAUCCUGCAUUUCCCUCCCCUCCUCCCUCUUGCCACGGACUGGACCUUUGCUCAGGCAUUUCAGACAGGAAUUCGGACUUAUCCAUCAUCGAGUAUCAACCAUCCUGUUGUCCUGUGAUCUUUUUUAAAGGAGAAACAUUUUGAUAGCGGUGCUGUACCUCAUCCCCGAUCUAGGGCAGAGGAAGUUAUGCUGCUUCCAAAUAUCAAGUGAUCUGGAGCUAAACUCCAGGGAUUAGAUUGCUUUCUAAGCUCCUCCUCCUAAAAUCUUCACAUUGCUAGGCUAGUGCAGUAGUCAUAUACCUCCUCAAACCUUGUCUAACAGCAGCCAGUGGGUAAUAAGAACAGCUUUCCAAGACCUGUCUUAGUAGUUGGGGAAAAUCCCCAACUCUUUAGAAAUAUCUUGGAUUUUUUGUAAAAGGCCCGGAAUAAGAGAGAAUUCAAAUGGAUGCCAUCAUGGCUAAUGGCUCUAAAAUGAGCCUGUCAGUUUUGGUUUGCAGGCAGGCCUGUGCUUG